AUGAGAACACUGAACUCUGCAAAGAAAGGCCUCGAAUUGUCAUCAAUGGCCCCCAAAAUUUUCAUCUCCCUCAUUCUCUUUUCCCUCCUCUCCUUCUCCUCCUGUCUCUCCAACGAUUCCUUCUCCAAAGCCGUCGAAACACUCUCGAAUUCUGGCUUCCUUUCGAUGGCUCUCACCCUUGAAUUCGGCUCCAAGAACUUGAUCCCUCGCUCUGAAUCCCUCACCAUCUUCACCCCUUCCGACUCCACCUUCGCUUCAUUCGGCCAACCGUCUCUUUCCCUCCUGAAAUUUCACUUUUCUCCCCAAUCGUUGACCUCCCAGUCCCUCAAAUCCCUCCCUUUUAACUCCAAGAUUCCAACUUUCUCCCCUUACCACACUCUCCUCAUUACUUCACCGCCUUCUCGUGAUCAGGGUUCCGUUUUGCUUAAUGGCGUCAAGGUUAACGCCAGCUCAGUGAUAUACGACGACGGGUGGUUGAGGAUCUUUGGGAUUGAGAAGUUCUUUGAUCCAAACUUCCGUGCCUCUCCAAGGCCUAAUCUUGAUUGUGUAGCAUCGGCACGUGAUGACGAUGAAGACGACGGCGAUGGCUCGAUGAGUUUCGAUGAAGCUAUUCACGAAAUGAAAGAGAAAGGGUACUCAAUUAUGGCUUCAUUUCUUGAAUUGCAAAUGGGGACGACAAAGGAGUCAACUUUGCUGACUCUGUUCGCUCCUCCGGAUGAGAAAAUGGAGGGUUAUUUUAGUAAUUUCAGUGAUUAUUCAUCGGUCUUUCUCCGGCACGUGGUGCCAUGCAAGAUGCCGUGGUCGGUUCUGAUUGAUUUGGAUUAUCCAGCGGCGGUGCCCACAUUCUUGGAAGCGUAUAAAAUUACUGUCACAUUGAGGCAGGAUCAGGAGGGCUUGUUGGUCAAUAAAGUUCUUGUUAUUGAAGAUGUGUAUGCAGAUGAGAGGCUUGCUGUUCUUGGGAUUGGUGAUGUUUUACCAGCAGUGCCACAGCCAGAGCCAAAACCAAAACCAUCGGCUCAGAGAAGAAGAUCAAUGGUGAAUCUUGAGGUCUUGAAGGUUUUGGUGGGUUUUUCUUUCUCUGGUUCUUUGGAUAUUUGGCUUCUAGUUUAG